AUGGAUAUGAACCAUUUGAUAGGUCAGCGUUUCAACCUGAUCUCAAAGAGCGAUAUUCGCUAUGUUGGCACACUUCACGAAAUCAACCCUGAAGCCUCCACAAUAGCCCUCGAGAAUGUUCAAUCAUUUGGCACCGAGGGUCGUCGGGGAAACCCCGCCGAGGAGGUCGCUCCUUCGGCUAGUGUCUAUGAAUACAUCGUUUUCCGUGGAAGUGAUGUGAAGGACAUUAGUGUCGCCGGCGAGGAAAAGCAGGAGAACACACAGCCCGAACCUCCUCGGGUUCCGGAUGACCCCGCCAUUCUGGGAGUCCUGAAGCCGGAUCUAGUGCUCCUGGCCUCCCCCCCUCAGCAGCCUCAGGGUGCUCAGCAGCCGCCUCCUGGCUACCCUCAGCAGCCGCAGUUCCAGCAAGGCUUCUACCCGCCCUAUGGACAGCGCUUUCCCCCGCCUCCUUUCCCUCCAGGACCGGGUGGCUUUCCCAACAUGCCAUAUGGGGCGCCGCCAGGAUGGUAUCCUCCACCUGGCCCCGGUUUCCCGCAGGGGCCGGGUCAGUUCCCUCCCCAGAUGCCCAUGGGUGGCCCCGGACAGCAGCAGCCGCCGCCUCCCCAGCAGAGGCCCGGUCCCCCAGGAGCCCCCACGGGCCCCAGUGCUACAUCUGAAUUGCCCUCGGGAGAAAAGAUUCCUAGCAAGCCUGCAACACCGGCGGCUCAGAAUGCCCCACCUCCUCCGGUCGAGUCGAAGCCCUCCGUCGCCGAAGCUGUCCAGGGCUCAGUUGGCCCUAAGGCUGUUCCGGGAUAUGGUGCCCCUCAACGGAAUGGUCGAGCUAUGCCAGCUAUUCCUAUUGCUGCACCAAAGUCUGUUGUCCCGAUGCCUACUGCUCCUGCUGCCGCCUCACAAGGUGCUCUAGCGACCGAUGCUACUACUGCUGCCGCCAAUGCAGUUGCUGCCGCCAUGGCUAAGCUUCCCCAACCUGGUGCUCAAAACAAGCCAGGUCAGCCUGGCGCCUCCGUUGAUUCUGUCACUCGUAAGAUGAAUGAGAUGCGGCCUUAUGAUGGCACACAGGCCCCACGGGGUGGUCAUCAGUACCCACGAGGCGGCCGCGGAGGUGCUCGCACCCAGCACAAGAAGAUUGAAAUCCCUAAGUCGGAUUACGAUUUCGAAACUGCCAACGCCAAGUUCAACAAGCAGGACCUGGUAAAGGAGGCUAUUGCUACCGGAUCUCCUGCCGCCGAAGCCGAAUCCCACGAAUUCCACGAACAGGAGGUCGAUGACACGCACAAUCAAUACAACCGCACAUCUUCCUUCUUCGACAACAUCUCAAGCGAAGCUCGUGACCGUGAGGAAAAUUCUGCGGGCCGUCUCGGUGGUCGCGAAUGGCGCGGCGAAGAAGAGAAACGUAAUAUCGAGACCUUCGGACAGGGCAGCGUUGAUGGCUAUGGCCGCGGUCGCGGCCGUGGCCGUGGACGUGGCUUUGGACGUGGACGUGGCUACCGAGGCGGCUAUGGUGGUCGUGGCCGCGGUGGCAUGCGUGGCGGACGUCCCCCCUCGCAGUCCACUGGUAUCCCCUCCCAGGUUUAA